GAGAGAAACAAAAAACGUGACUAGGCACCCAAAGCGUCCUGUUAUGCAACAACUGACCUACUAACAUACAUUUGGAGACUCUGAGAGGGAAGGAGAGGAGAGAGCGAGAGAAGGAACCGGAGAUAAAGACAGAGAUGGAGGGAGGGAGGAACUGGAGCAAACAUGACAUGAGGAGCGCACUAAAACAAGACUCCUGCGUCUACCUGCACUAAUCGGAGGGCUGCCGGUCUGAAAGUGACGGACGGAGUGAGAGUGUGUGAGCGAGGAGGAGAAGCAGAGGCGCGCAGCCGAUGCGCAAAGCGGAUUGUUGGACAGGAGCAAGGUGUCCUCUGUGGAUUUUUAUUUUAUUUUUAGUUUAUUUUUUCUAUUUACAAAGACAUUCAUCUUGCAGUCAACUGCAGACAGAGAGGGGGCGAGCACGAGUCUCCCCAAGAGACUGACACACUGAGGUAGACGGGCCGACCUACAUCCUGCUGUUUGUUUGGAGAUCUAGGACACGUCUACGCCAGCUCAGCUCCCUGCACUGUUCCUGUGCUCAACCUUCACCAAACCAAUAAAAGCAAGAGCGGAGGAAAUCAGAAGACAUUGAACUGAGAUCCCCUCCCUCACACUGAGCUCCAGCUGGGCUUUUCCCGCCCCCCACCGUUUGGAUCAUUUGGAUAUCUGAGUCACUUUCUGGCCUUAAAACAGCAAACUUGCAAUAAACAGUCCCAGAAUUUUGGGAGACGAGGUAUUUGCAUCACCAUCCAUACCUCCCUUUGACCCCUAGCCUAGUUCUUGACUCAGUUGCCCGGGCAACGUUUCAAACUGGCUGCCGCAAGACAAGAAUGGAAAAUCUGACGUCAGCUCUCAAAACGUUGAACAAAAACUCAGGGAAUAACCUUAGCUGCCUUGAGACCUUCAGUGGUUAUGAGGAGUCUCUUCCUUCUGUUCAAGGGUCUCCGGCACGUCUGGGGCGUCUCAUCAAACCCAAGCCCAAUAUGACUUGCCGACGGAAACGAGAGUUCAUCUCCGAUGAGAAGAAGGAUGCCUCAUACUGGGAGAAGCGGCGAAAGAACAACGAGGCUGCCAAGCGUUCCCGGGAGAAGCGCCGUCUCAACGACAUGGUGCUGGAAAACCGCGUCAUUGCCCUGAACGAUGAGAAUGUGAGGCUCAAGACUGAACUGCUCCAGCUGAAGCUGCGCUUUGGCCUCAUCAGCACUGCCUCCUACAUUGAAAAGAGCCAACAAAUUAGUGCAGGCAGCAAUGCGGGAAACGGAGGCUCCCCGUCGUCAUCCUCGACGGCGUACUACUCCAGCGGUUACUCGAGUGGUUCUCAGGUGAUGAUAAACUCUGAUUCCUCUGAAACAGAGCAGUCUGGGCGCAGUGAGGGCCACCGGCAGCUGGUGAAAUACUCCCCACGCGGCUCCCUCUCCGACAUGUCCGACGGCUCCUCCAGGGACAGCCCGGAGCCCAUCCCCUUUGAGAUCAAGCAGGAAGGGGACCGGCUGGAGAUGGACAUCGCCAAUGGCACCACGACACAGAUUAUGUUUAAUAUCCACCGCGGUCUGGCAUCUGUCCCCACACACCACCAGAUCCAGCAGCACUCUCAAGAGCUGGAGGCUGCUUAUCACAGCCAACAGCAGCAGCAGCAAGAGCAGCACCACGCCCACCAACAGCAUCAUCAGGAACCCGUCAACUCCAUCAACACUGUCACCGCCCCUCAUCCGCCCGCUACACAGAGGAGCGUCAUUCUGUACGGCGCCAGCAGUGCCUCCUACCCUGUGGACGCCCUGACCAGACCGCAGGAUGUCGAUCUGCAAGCGGCCCAAAGGCAGAGCAGCGGCGCCAGCAGCCAGGCGUGCAUCAACCAGCUGCCUCAGUCCCUGACAGAGAGCCCCGCGGAGACGAUGCCUGAGGUGACGACACGGCUGGAGGGGGAGAGCGGAGACUCCCCUCCAUACGAGUUCUCAGACAGCCGUAAUGAGGCCAGAGAUAGACAGGUGUACAGAGUUUGCCAACUUCCCCAAGGACAAGAGCAGCAGCAGCACCAGCAGGAGGGCGAGUCGACCUCCGAGGCCAUCCAAAAGCAAGCAGAGGGGAUGGACCACUCCCACCUGUACCACCAUCUCCAGCAGCCCCAUCCUUCAUACCUCAGCGCACACGACGAGGAGCCGCCUGUGCUUAUAUACGAGGGCGAGCCCCGGAGCGAGGCUUAUUAUCCCGCCCAGUCCUGCAUCAAAGACGCCACGUCUAGCGAGGGAGACCCCGGCAGCCCGGACAAAGAGGCCUCCACAGACGACGACGAGUCCCCCUCUUCGUCCUGUUCAGACAGCCAGCAUCUUAUGGGGGUCCACCAGCCCGCCUCGCCUCUGCCUUCCCAACAGUGCCCUCAAGGCCAGGGUUGGGACCCUCAAGGGGAGGUGAGGGGAACAGCACUGCCCCACAAACUGAGACUCAAACACCGGGCCAUGAGCACUGGGAGCAGCAGCGGCAGUGGGGGCAACUGCUCCGGCCAGGAGUCCCCGACCACUCCCCUUUCUGCCACCCCACCUCCCCUCCCCCAGCACGCCUACUUGUCCUUGACACCGCCCGAGAACAUUAGGCGCGAGAGCGCAGACGGCGGCUGCAAACAGGUGGCCUCGGGGGAGGGGGCCCGGAAGGAGAGCGGGAAAAAGGAGACAGGCGGUCGACGGAACAAGAGGCAAGAUUAGGUGACGUUCACUUUCAGAGCCGGCCGCGGCUCGAAUGAAAAGACAAUGUAAGAACUACCCUGCCAUCAUGCCUUUGCCCUAUAAUCAAACCCCCAAUCCUUCAAGCCCCUUGGGACAAGAAACUGGGCUUUUCUACUCCCCUGACCCCAGUGUCACCAAAAAGGCUGGACUUCUUGUAGGGCUGUAUUAUAUGUGUAAAUAUUGUACAGAUUUGUCAUUUCUUACAUCCUCUCCAUACUUACAAAAGCACUUUUGUUUAUGUGAUGAGAGGAGGAAUGGAACUACCAGCUUUUCUACUGUUGUCACCCGAUUAUACACAAGCAGCAUACAUCAGCGGAAGCACAUUUUGAUAACUUGUGAAAACGAAUGUAGGAAAUUAAAAUUUUCAAGCUUUAUCAGUACUACAAAUUUGGUACAUAUCUGACUGUAGACAAACAUACAUACAUGUGUAUGGCUAUCUGCCUUAAGAAAAAAUCAAAUGCAACCGUACACUGGGGACAUUUCCCUCGACCAAAGAAGCACCAACACUACAAACACCAAGUUCCAUACCUCUUCCCAGACCCUACCUCUACCGCCCCCCCCCCCCACAUAACCAUCUCCAUAAUUUCCUGAAAGAUUGCCAUCACCUUUAUUUUUUAAGCACUUGGUUUGUAUAUUACUGUGAUAUAUGAAUAUAUGUAUCUAUUACAAACAUAUAUUUUAAAAAAAUAAAUUUGAGUACAAAUUCACCAAAAAAAGGAAAAAAAAAAGAAAGCGACACAACUUACAAGAAAAUCCAAAAGUGACCGAAUCACAAUUACUGUACAGUCACGUUGUCUACUGUUGCUACAGGACCCAUUUGAAUUAUAACACCUCUCUCUUGAUUGUUAAGCUUUAGCAUUAAUCGGUAGUUAAUGCCCUGUUUACACAGAAAUGGCCGUCCAAGUCUGGAGCCAACAGCACUGAAUGGAGAACAAGUUGUUUUCUGAGGUUAGGACCUCGUUAAAAUGUUCGGACUUAUUAACCUUUAACCAGCCUUUAAAUAUUUGGUGGACUUCACCAGCUGCAGGCUUUGAGCCUUUAGUUUGUUUGAGCUUUAUCAAUCAUAUCUUGUUGUUGUUACCAUUCACUGGCCCAAUGUAUUUAUUUCCCCUUCCUAUCCACAUGCCCAUCACUGUAAAAAAAAAAAAAAAAAAAAAAAAAUUAAAAAAAAGAAGAAAGUCAAGAAAAAAGAAUAAAAAAAAGCCCACAGGAACAUAGACAGUGAAUGUGUACAGACAUUUUUAGAUACAUACCGCAGCCUUGAACUUCAACGUAGGAAUGGGACGCUCGGGGGCAGAUCCAGGAAGAAUUAAGUCA